GUGUGCCAUGCUUUUGGUUUUGAAGUUAUAUCCACCCGUUUCGGAUUGGUUUCUUUUCUGAUUUUUCGAGUAACCGGACAAAAUCACUUUAAAAUUUCAAAAUUUUUUAAAUUUGUAAAGCCUUAUAUAAAAGUUGUUUAACUAUGGAUAGGCCUAUCCUGAACACCUGCGAGAUGUAUCCUCGCCGAAGGACAACGGAGUUCUACAAAUCCCCGGAACCAAGAGCCUCGUUCCAAAGUCAACGGGCGGAACAUCCGGCGGAGCUGCUUAACGUAACUCCUGACGAGAAUCGGGAGGCCGUUCGAAGACUUCCUCGCAUCCAGCCACCAAAUAAUUUGGACAGUAUUUACCUGCGAAAUGGGUACUUUUCGUAAAAUAAAUUUGUCUUUUCUAUUUAUA